CUGUGUCACUCCAUGUUUACGGAAGCCAGGUCAUAAAACUCACUCAUGGGGGUUUAACCUACUCUGUACAUCCGUCACUAUAUUAACACUUUAAAGUGUUUUAUUUGAGUUGUGUGUAUUGUUUUAGUCUCCUAGUUGUAGAUAGUUUCAGUCUUCAUCAUGUGGGACCAUGAGAUCAGAGCCAUGGCUUCCUCUCACGCCAUCCUCGCCUCCUCGGUGUUCAUGGCGACCGUCCUACCUGCAGCUCUGGUGCCGGGCUUCUCUGUGUACGGGACUCACCUGCUGUGGCUCUACUCGGUGUCUGGGGCGGUCACCGCCGUCAGUGUCUCCGUCUUCUGGCUGCUGGGCAUCACACCGCCCACCAAGAAGCACACAGUGGGAUACAAGCUGUCUAGGUUGUUUCGUUCCUGUCUGUACUUCUUCCUGUCGUGCCUCUUCUUCCACACUGUGGUUGUUCUCUAUGGAGCUCCGCUGAUUGAGUCCGCCUUAGAGACGUUCUCCCUCGCUGUGCUGCUGACCUCUCUAACCACGCUGAGGUGUCUCUGUGUCCUCGGCCCCAAUGUCCAGGCCUGGAUACGAGUAUUCAGCCGGCAUGGAGCCAUGUCUGUGUGGGACACCUGUCUACAGAUCACAGUGGCCUGCACCGUGGUAGGAGCCUGGGUGGGAGCCUUCCCUAUACCUCUGGACUGGGACAGGCCAUGGCAGGUUUGGCCUGUUUCCUGCAGUCUGGGCGCCACGAUCGGCUUCCUGACCGGACUCGUCGCAGCUCCCGCGUGGAUCCACUAUCAUCGCAAGCAGCUCACAUACAAGUGCAAGUGAUGGAAAAGACAUAGGUUUCUGUGUUUCUAUGUUUGUGACCACGGAGGUAUUUCUCAUAUUCCUUUAACUUUGUACUGAUUAUUUAUUGGGAACAUUCACUCCAUUUGGAAAGAUGGUUUUGUAAUAACGCAAGACGGUAUGAGCAACAUUAUUUUGUACGCAUUGAAGGCUGAACAUGUUCCUGACGAUUACUUCUCUCUUGGAAUUUUUUGAUUAAAACGUGAGGAGUUUAUAACUGAAAUGUCCUCAACAUCA